AUGAAUCCCUCUGAUGACCCUGAAUUCCAAAGUGAUGGCAGCGAGGAGAGCGACGAUGCUGCUGUCCCCAAAACCAGGACAGUCAGGUCCAGUCGUGCGUGUAUAACUUGCCGACGGAUGAAAACGAGGUGCGAAAUCGACGAAGCACUAGGCAACGCGUGCAAAUUGUGUAUUCGAGCCCGUCGGCAAUGCAUUAUGCAGGAUAUCCCACGACGAAGGAAAAGAAAGACUACCGAACGGGUUGCAGAUCUCGAGCAGAAGAUCAAUGCGCUGACGGCUCUAUUGGCCGCAAAUACGACAAAUAGCCCUGGAGAUCACAAGAAGAUCACCGAUACCCGUGGCGAUUCGACUGGGAGUUUGGCAUCCAAGGAACAAACAUCAGCCAAACCCGAUAAUACCCUCAUCCCUGAAGCCUUGUCUCGCGGCUUCGUAGACUGGGAAACUGCCUGCAAGGCUUUCGGCCGAUAUCAGAACGAAAUGUCUCGCUACUUUCCCUUUGUGGUCUUUGCGCCUGAUUCAGAUGCUGUCACCGUCAAGCAGCAACAACCGCUCUUGUUUUUCGCUGUCGUUACAGUUGGACUGGCUUCAAUGCAAACAACGGCGGAUGUCGAACUAUGCGAUAUGCUCGUCAAAGAUCUGGCCUUACGUGUCGUAUACAGUGGUGAACGAUCUCUUGAACUAGUGCAGGCUUUACUCCUUCACACCUUUUUCUACGGCAGGCCCAAAAACAUGCGAGAUCUCAAUUUCAAUCAGAUGGUGCAUAUCGCUAGUACAAUGGCGCUUGACAUCGGCUUGGGCAGACGACCUCAUAAAUCAACUUUAACUCAAAGAACUGACCCUCAUCAAUUGGAAUCACUCGCAGGCAGACGAGCAUGGUUAGGAUGCUAUUAUAUGGGAACGAGUGUUUCAAUGUCUCUCCGCCACCCUGCCUUCGUACGUUGGUCUGUGUACACUGAGGAAUGUUUGGAUGUUCUCUCCGCUGAGAAGCCUGUGUUACCGAGCGAUACGUGGCUAUGCGACUUGAUACGCAUCCAACGUAUUGCCGAAGACGCCUCAAUCACAUUCUCCAUGGAUGACCCUGGUGCAGUUGUUACACUCCGCGACGUCAAGACUCAAUAUCAGAUCAGAGGUUUUCGUCAGCAAUUGGACCAUUGGCGCCGGCAUGCCAGAACAGAUUUGAGCCUGCCCUACGUUCGCCAUGUUGUGGCAUGCACCGACCUCUUUAUCCACGAAAUAGCCCUGCAUCCGGAACACGAUAUCGACGACCUCCGCUCACCACUCCGUGCUGCUACAGAGCCCCCUAUUGCAGCAGUCGAGAGUAUGACAUCAAAAUUCAAAGACUUAUAUUUCAUUCCCGCAAGGGUUGAGGCACUGUUUACUUGCCUCGCUGCGAUUCACGAAUGCUUCGACGCUUUUCUCUCCAUGAGCUUGGUUUCCAUCUGUAGCUUGCCGAACAUUUUCUUGGUACGCACCGGCUAUGCAGCCCGAGCGCUCCGCAAAUUACUCAAUAUAUGCGACAGCCAAGCAGAGUUUGAAGGCAGAUCCCACAUCGACGUCCGAGAUUUGAAAUUCGAAGAGUACCUGACUGCAAUCAUCGAUGUACUUAGGAGAGUCCAUGCUCUAAGUAACUCUGUCGUGGCGAGAGCUUUCUGCUUGGUUAUCUCGCAGAUCAAGACACAUGGACUCAAUUCGUCCAGGUUACUUUCUACGAUAAAACAAACAGACAACACUGCAACUAGUCAAUCAGGAGUCAGUCCGACACUUGUCUCCUCCUUACCCUCAGAUAAACGUUUCGAUCACCCCUGCGUCCACGCCGACAAGAACCAUCAGGCAGACCGAACAGAAUCUCAGGCGUAUGAUUUCGGUAAUCUGACUAGCAUACCUCCAACUCAACCGUCCCAGAACCAGGUCCCUGUGGAUACACAGAUCCAAGCAGAAAGUGCACAGUGGUUGGAAAAUGAUACGGACGACGCCUUCAUGAGUGGUAUCGAUGUUUUGCAGUGGUUUGAACAGAACUUGGCCUUUGAUGAUCCCGCGGCGUAUGCGUAUGACAGUCAACUCGCAGAUCAGUAUUUCCAGCAAUGA